GUGUUUAGUUGAACUUGAAUAAAUAUGUCAGCGUGUUCGGUCCAGUCAGCAGGAGUACAGAAUAUCCCGCCAGUGGACACUAAACACCGUUUACUUCUGUUCAUUUAAGUACCCGAAUGUGGCAGAAAUGAAGCCCCUCCCCCCGGAAACCAUUCGGUUGCUGUCCAGCUCACAGGUCAUUACAUCUGUGCUUAAUGUUGUCAAGGAGUUGCUGGAGAACUCUUUAGAUGCCGGAGCUUCAAGCGUUGAUGUGAAACUGGAGAACUAUGGACUGGAUCGCAUAGAGGUGAGGGAUAACGGCUGUGGAAUCAAAGCAGCAGACGCCCCGGUGAUGGCAGCAAGGCACUACACCUCCAAGAUCUCCAGCCACCAGGAUCUGGAACACCUGGAGACCUACGGUUUUCGGGGAGAAGCGCUGGGGUCUAUCUGCGCUGUGUCAGAGGUCAUUCUCACCACGAAGACUGCUGAGGAGGACAUCAGCACUCAGUACACUCUUGACCUCACUGGAAAGAUCAUUUCCCAGAAGCCCUCUCACCAUGGCCAAGGUACCACAGUGUGUGUGAUGAAGCUUUUCAAGAACCUGCCAGUGAGGAGGCAGUUCUAUUCCAAUACCAAGAAGUGUAAGGAGGAGCUGAAGAAAGUGCAGGACUUGCUGAUGGCCUAUGCUAUCAUCAAACCAGAGCUAAGAGUCACAUUCACUCACAACAAGGCGCUGGUCUGGCAGAAGCCCAGGGUGUCCGAUCACAGGAGGGCCCUCCUGGCAGCGCUCGGAACGGCCCCCACGGCCAACCUGCUCCUCCUCCAGCAUCGCCACCAGCAGCCGCAGAUUGCAAUAGAUGGAUACUUUCCCAAACCGGGCUCAGAUGUUUCCAUAAUGAGUUCCAGUAGUUCUGACAGAACAUUCAUAUUUGUGAAUGAUCGACCCGUUCAUCACAAAGAUAUUCUGAAGGUGGUCAGACAGCAGUACAGCUCGCAGUGCAGUGGGGAGUCUACUCGCUACCCUACGCUAAUGAUGUCUAUCACCAUUCCCGCAUCCGCUGUUGAUGUGAACCUCACGCCUGACAAAACUCAAGUGAUGCUCCAAGACAAAGCAGCUGUACUCUCUGCAGUGGAGGACAUGCUAAUUUCGCUAUACGGCCCACAGACCACCUCCGAAUCUGCACCUCCAGAUGAUGCUGCGCCCCCCGAGAGAACGAAUCCCUCUCCCCAGGUCUCCGUUGUGGAUGAAUACAGAGGUACUGAUCCUGGAUCAGAGUCUGUAAUCACUCAACAGAGGACUGCCUUGCCUGAGGCUUCCUCUGGAGCCCCUUCACCAGAAAGACCAGAUCUUUCCUCAGCGAUGCACAGCGAACCAGCUGCCGAGUCGUCUCUGAACCAAUCAGGGAACACAAGCUCCUCGUCAUCUCUUGAGGACUGGGUGGUUAGCUUGUAUGAGUUUGAUGCUAAUCCCACCCUGGCGAGCGAAGUUCUCCAUGGCUGUGCCCCUGGGCUAACAGACCAGGCUUCUCCAGCUGGUCCAGGACUCCUGGAGGACCCAGGCGGUGACGUCACAGGGAUUUCGGCUGAAAGCUGGAGCACGGGUCGGGCUUUCAGGGAUGUCCACACUGGAGAACCUCUGGAGCCAGUGAAGAUCCACCGGUCUGCUGAACCCUUCGGAGAAACCGAAAUGGAGCCCAGGAAGAGCCCUGGCAAAAAGACGCCGUCCAACGCAGUGACGGAGAAGAUGACCAAGCUCACGGCCUACGACCUCAUCAGCAGCCGCGCCGUGAGGCAGCCCAUGUCUGCGAGCGCCAUAUUCCAACAGGAAAUCAGACCCACAAUCCUCCUGGAGAACCCGAAGGCCAGUCUGCAGGAAGUGACCCUCGCUAUGGAAGAGCAAUGGAAAAACCUCAAGGAGGAAGACAGGCAGAAGUACGAGGAGAGAGCGGAGAAGGACGCUAACCGCUACGACCUCCAAAGCAAGCGGGCGUCGGAGCGAGCGGGCGCGCGGCCGGGGGGGUCGCCGGGCGAGCCGGAGAGGCGGUCCCCGGCCCUCAAGCGCAAGGCCCCGUUCUCCAACCAGACGAUCCUGGACCAGCUCUUCUCCUCCCAGGCCCAGCAGCCGGCGCGGAAGAGGGGCCCGGGGAAGCCCAGCCGGGGGCUCCCCUUCAGCCUGGCGGCCCUGAGGGGGCGCCUGGGCCUCCCCCCGCGGGAGAGCGGCCCCGAGGCCCAGGCCCUCAGGCUGGUGCAGCGGCUGCCGUCUCACGGGGCCUGGGUGGUCACGCGCGGCGGGGAGCUCUCGCUCUUCAGCCCCUCGCGGGCGGAGGAGGCCUUGCUGUUCAAUCAGCUGUUGGAGAGGAAUGUGCUUCCAACAGCACCCCUGGAGACCCCAAUACUGUUAACAGAUGGUGUCCUUGGUGGGGCAGAGUACACUAGUACACUCUGUAACAUGGAGAAAGAAUGUCCCGGAACCGGUGGAGAAAGCUACUUCUCAGAUCCCCGUCUUCUGUCAAACGGGUUUCAGAUUCGACUGAGUGCAGGUGUGUGGAGCACAGGGUCCCCGGCUGCUGAGAGCCGUUUGGAAGUUACAGGAAUAGCAAACUGUGUGCCCUUCCUUGGUGUCGCGGACCUGAAGGAAAUUCUGACGGCCGUAGUGGACAGGAAUGCUACAUCUGUGAGAGAGACCAGGCCGCUCAAAGUCAUCAGCUACCUUCAGGGGGAGGCCGUGCGGCGGGUUCGCCGGCUCCCUCUCAGCCUCUCUGCAGAGGAGGUGAGGGACACUCUGUCCCGGAUGGAGCAGCAGCUGGGGGACGGCUGCCAGACCUGUAUCCACGGACGCCCUUUUUUCCACCAUUUAAUUGACAUCCCCAAAGCGGAACAGGACGCCCUUCAGAUCAUGUCCAACACUCGUUAAAAUACCGAAACGGGCUGCAGCUCUGGGACUGGGGAAUGCUCUACUGCAGAUAUCAAGCUGUUUUUGUUUUAUAUCAAACCAGUGUUUAAGGGAUUUUUUUUCCCCCUUAAAAUUCCUUGUCUGUCUGUACCUCAAAUUUUUUGUUUUUCUUUUACAAAUGUCUUUCUCUGCUACGACUUUAUAUGCGAGUGUUUGUGUUUAUAAAGAAAAUAUAUACAUGGUUCAUAAAUAAAUAAAUUGGUCUGUGUGUGGUGUA